AUGUACCGGCGGAACUUGGCGGGGCUGCUCGUCCGUGGGACGACCGGCUUCUACCGACUGACCGCGGAGCCUUUGGCCCCGCAGCCGCCGCGACGCCACCGCGGCUACUCGCAGCGGGCCGCCGCGGAGCCGGGCGACGACGACGACCCCAACUUCUUCGGCAUGGUGGAGGGCUUCUUCGACCGCGGCGCCGCCAUCGUGGAAGACAAACUGGUGGAGGAGCUGAAGACGCGCGAGAGCGCCGAAAACAAGAGGAAGCGCGUGCGCGGGAUCCUUAAGAUCAUCAAGCCGUGUAACCACGUCCUAAGCAUCAGCUUCCCCAUCAAGAGGGACAACGGCGAAUGGGAGGUGAUCGAGGGAAUCCGUGCUCAGCACAGCCAGCACAGGAUGCCCUGCAAGGGAGGGAUCCGCUACAGCAUGGACGUGUCUGUUGACGAGGUCAAAGCGCUGGCGUCGCUGAUGACCUACAAGUGUGCCGUGGUUGAUGUUCCUUUUGGUGGCGCAAAGGCGGGAGUCAAGAUCAACCCCAAGAAAUAUUCCGAUAAUGAGUUGGAGAAGAUCACCAGGAGGUUCACCGUGGAGCUGGCAAAGAAAGGAUUCAUUGGACCCGGCAUCGACGUCCCUGCUCCGGACAUGGGCACGGGCGAGCGAGAGAUGUCGUGGAUCGCCGACACCUUCGCCACCACCAUGGGCUACAACGACAUCAACGCUCACGCCUGCGUGACCGGCAAGCCCAUCAGCCAGGGGGGCAUCCACGGACGCAUCUCGGCCACCGGGAGAGGCGUCUUCCAUGGCAUCGAGAACUUCAUCAAUGAGGCGGCCUUCGUGAGCCAGCUGGGGAUGUGUCCCGGUUUCCACAACAAGACCUUCGUCAUUCAGGGUUUUGGCAACGUGGGUCUGCACUCUAUGCGCUACCUUCACCGCUACGGAGCCAAAUGCGUGGGCGUGGGCGAGAUCGACGGGAGCAUCUGGAAUCCGGACGGCAUCGACCCCAAAGAACUGGAGGAAUACAAACUGGCCAACGGGACCAUCGUGGGCUUCCCCAACUCGACGCCGUACGACGGGAGCAUCCUGGAGGCCGACUGCGACAUCCUCAUUCCCGCCGCCGGGGAGAAGCAGCUCACCAAAAGAAACGCGCCCAACGUCAAGGCCAAGAUCAUCGCCGAGGGCGCCAACGGUCCGACCACCCCCGAGGCCGACCGCAUCUUCCUGGACAGAAACAUCCUGGUUAUCCCGGACAUGUACCUGAACGCGGGCGGCGUGACCGUGUCGUACUUUGAGUGGCUGAAGAACCUGAAUCACGUCAGUUACGGCCGCUUGACCUUCAAAUACGAGAGGGACUCCAACUACCACCUGCUGAUGUCUGUCCAAGAGAGUCUGGAGAGGAAGUUCGGCAAGCACGGCGGUGCCAUUCCCAUCGUUCCCACCUCGGAGUUCCAGGCACGCAUCGCUGGGGCGUCAGAGAAGGACAUCGUUCACUCGGGCUUGGCCUUCACCAUGGAGCGCUCGGCCAGGCAAAUCAUGCGCACGGCCAGCACGUUCCGGCUGGGCUUGGACUUGCGAACGGCCGCCUACGUCAACGCCAUCGAGAAAGUCUUCCAAGUUUACGCCGAGGCUGGACUCAUCUUUACGUAGCUGUCAGUCACGCCGUCACGCUCGCUUCCUUUUUCGUUGCGGGAUGACAACGCCACCAGCCUGAG